CCUGGAGCUCCACUGCGCGCUCUCGUAACCAUGUCGCCAUUUUGAUUCGCAAAAAUAUGACUGAGUUUUUCCUGCCUUGCAAGCUAAAGUUAGCCUCGCGUUUGAAUCACUUUGUGCGUGAGUACGAGCCACACACCGCAUACCGGGAAUAACAGGCAUCGCGUUUUCGUGCCGGGUAGCCACAGGCGUCGGGGAACUCGUCCAUUUGACAGACUUCACAGCAACAUUCGGCUAACGCUAGCUAAGUUGAGCUAGCUAACAGUAGCCAGUGUUGUCGCAGGCUGACCCCUUCUCCAAAACAAAUCACUAUCCGCACACGGGCUAAUGUAUGUUAGCUAACACCGAUAGCUAACAGUGAGCUGGGUAGCCAGAGACUUGAUAGCUGGUUGCUUGACGUGAAACUCCACGAACUAACAAGCAGGAGGACUAGCCGCGGGUUUUCAAUCAAAGGUUAUGGUGAGCCUCUCGGUGUCUCAUCUCCUAAAGAGGCCUGCAUUUUAAGAGGAGACCCAUGCUGAUAAAUGCCAGGCCUCGCCACACUCUCUGUCGUCUGCACAAACACAAAUGCCUGCCUGCCCGUGGGGGAGGUCUGAUUAAAGUUAUCCACAUUUCAUCCACUGGGCUCUGUCCCCCGUCCCAGCGGCCACCAUGUUUUGGAAGUUCGACCUGCACACCACCUCCCACAUUGACCAGCUGCUGGACAGGGAGGACGUGACGCUGAGAGAGCUGAUGGAGGAGGAUGAUGUCCUGCAAGAGUGCAAGGCCCAAAACCGCAGAUUGCUCCUCUUCCUCUGCCAGGACCACUGCAUGCAGGAGCUGGUCAGCCUCAUCACCACAGAGCCGCCCGCUGACCUGGAGGAAAGGAGCCGCUUUAAAUUUCCCAACAUUGCUUGUGAGCUCCUGACAUCAGAUGUGUCCAUUAUAAAUGAUAAGCUGGGCGGGGAGGAGUCUCUCCUCGAGAUACUAUACCACUUCUUGGAGCAGGAUCCGCCCCUCAACCCGUUACUCGCCAGCUUUUUCAGCAAAACCAUCGGCAACCUCAUUGCCAGGAAAACCGAACAGGUGAUUACCUUUCUAAAAAAAAAAGAAGGCUUCAUUGGUCUGGUGCUGAAACAUAUUGAUGCCUCUGCCAUGAUGGACCUGCUGCUUCGCCUCAUCAGUUGUGUGGAGCCUGCCCCCUUGAGGCAGGAGGUCCUUCAUUGGCUGAAUGAGGAGAAUUUGGUACAGAGACUGACGGAGCUUAUCCAUACUGGUAAAGAUGAGGAGAGACAAUCGAAUGCGUCCCAAACGCUUUGUGACAUCAUCCGCCUUAGUCGAGACCAGGCCAAUCAGAUGCAGGAUGGCAUGGAGACUGACCCACUAUUGGCUGUACUAGAGUCGCAGGAGAGUGUGGCGGGACUCCUCAAGAACUUAUUUGAGGGGGAGAGGAGCGAGGCUUCCAUCGUUAAUGGAACUCAAGUGCUACUUACCUUACUGGAGACCAGGAGGUCAGGGUUGGAAGGGCUGAUGGAUCUGUAUUCUCAGGGUUAUGAAAGGUCUUACACUGUCAACAGCAGUAUUUUAAACGCCAUUGAGCCCCAUUUAAAGGACUUCCAGCAGCUUCUUCUGGAUCCCCCCAAGAAAAGUGCAAUAUUGACAACCGUUGGCCUUCUGGAGCAGCCGCUGGGGAACGCCCGCCUUCAUGUGGCCCGGCUGGUGGCCGCCCUCCUGCAGACCAAUUCCCCCAGUAUGUGCCAGGAGCUGUGCAAUCUUACCACCAUGGACCUACUACUGGAUCUGUUCUUCAAAUACUCCUGGAAUAAUUUUUUGCACUUCCAAGUGGAGCUGUGCGUGGCAGCGAUCUUGAACCACCCUUCCUCAGAGGAGCGGCAUGUCCCAGGUCUCCAGAACCACGAUGGGAACCCUGCCGUGUCUAACCUUGAAGAGCAGGGGGAGGCCGGGGAGACAGGCAGGCCCGUUGACCCACAGACCUCCAUCCACAAUGCCCUUGUGGCCCAUCUCUUCCAGAAGUGUCGAUUGGUACAGAGGAUCCUUGAUGCCUGGGAGGAGAAUGAUAGAAUACAGGCUGAGGGAGGCUGCAGGAGAGGCAACAUGGGUCAUCUGACCAGAAUUGCCAACAUGGUGGUCCAGAACCUGGAGAAAGGAUCCGUUCAAGUCCAGAUCACUGACCUCAUAAAAGAGUUGCCAGAGGACUGCAGAGGUCGCUGGGAGAGCUUUGUGGACGAGACCCUGCGAGAGACAAACAGGAGAAACACGGUAGAGCUGGUAAGCACCCACAACAUGCACUCAUCCAGUGAGGACGAUGACAUGGAGAGCCCCUUCCCCAACGACCUGUCUCUCCAGCAGGCAUUCUCCGACUAUCAGAUCCAACAGAUGACUGCCAACUUUGUGGAUCAGUUUGGGUUCAAUGAUGAGGAGUUCAAUGAGCACGAUGAAAAUAUCAAUGCCACGUUUGAUAGAAUCGCUGAAAUAAACUUCAAUCUAGAUGCUGAUGAUAACAGUGCCAAUGCGGCUGCCUUUGAAGCCUGCUGUAAAGAAAGGAUUCGCCAGUUUGACGAUGCCGAAGAGGAAGAGGACAUUUGGGAGGAGAAGGAGAUCAACUAUGCAACACAAGCUAAAUCCAGAACAAGGUUUGGUGUCUCUCAAACCUCAGAGGGAAGCUCCCGGAGCAGCUUGGAGAAUGGAGGCAGGGAGCAGGACCGCGGAUCUGAAUCUGAUGAGGACGAAGACUCCGAGCAAAACACAUCAGAUUCAGGUCCAGGCUGGACAGCGAAUUUCAGGGAGUCUGGAGGAACGACAGCCUCUCAGACGCCACAGUCGUGGGACAGCUCAACUCGGACCGGAGCAGAGACACAUGAAACAGGGUGGGCCAACUUCACUGAGUUCCAGCCUUUCUCUGGCAAAGAAACCAAUCCAAGGUGCAGCUCUCCUGUGGACUCGGAUGCAGAUAAAGAAGCCAAACAGAACCAUGAGAAGAGCGCGGAGGGUAGUGUUGAUCCUACUGCUUGGGAAGCGGGAGAAGGGAGGAAGGCUCCUCUCGUGGCCUCAGACAGCAGCUCCUCCGGGGGAUCUGACAGCGAGGAGGAUGACAAAAAUGCUGCCGCUGCUGCAACCACCACUUCGGAAAAGGCAGGCGCCCCUGGCAACCAGACAGCUGACCUCAAAAGUGAGGAAAACCCGGUGUCUCUGGAGAAACUCUCUCUGUCAGAUCCUCCUAAACCAUCAGAGCAGCAGCAGCCUGCUGACGAGUCACUUGCAAACACACAGACUGACAGGAAAGAGGACACGCCACCUCCUCAGGAAGUGUCGGUCAACGGACCCGUCUGAUCAUCACCCGACGCAGAACCCC